CAAAAAUCACGACAUAACAUCCGCGUCGUCGUCGUCGUCAACUGAAGUACCUUCUCUCCACUCCCUCCCACCUCUCUAAACCACUACCUCUUCACAUAUCUUGUCCACUGUGAGCACGGGCUUUUUGCACCAACUCUUCAGCUACUAUAUCUCCACGCUCUGACUUGCACACACCGCAAUGGCUACAAAUGGGGUGCGUCAACCCCACGUCCAAGAGGACCAGCUCGAUCACCUCACGUCUGCGCCAUCUGACGAUGUGACCAAUUUGGCAUUUGAACACCUCGAUAUCAGCUCUCUCUCCCCUGCUACUGCUGCAGUACACGCCGACGACCCUCUGAAUAUUGUCGACGACGUCGCUCCCGCCAUUCACGUUAGCACUACCUUUCGAUAUCCUCGAGACCCUAAUCAAUUAUUCCCUACCCACGAGCAAACAGACGCUGCUCACGAUCCCACGAAACAUAUCUAUUCUAGACACACCACCCAUUCCACCACACGAUUGGAAGCCAUCCUAAGCGUCCUGCUUAAAAAUCCCGCCCUCACAUAUUCCUCUGGUCUUGCCGCAUUCAAUGCCCUGAUCACCUUUGUCAAUCCUCGGAGGGUUGCCAUAACCGCCGGCUACCAUGGUUGUCACGGCGUCCUCAAGUUACACCAAAGAACAUCAGGCCUCCAGGUCAUUGCCCUUGAUUCUGCUCCUGAGGAGAUUCAAAAGGGUGAUCUCGUCCACCUCGAAACACCCAUCAAUCCGACCGGUUUAGCAUACAAUAUCCAGCACUAUGCCGACAUUGCCCAUUCUAGAGGAGCAUAUCUUAGUGUAGACGCCACAUUCGCCCCUCCACCAUUGCAAGACCCUUUCAAGCAUGGUGCAGAUAUUGUGAUGCACUCGGGCACCAAAUAUAUUGGUGGACACUCUGAUCUUCUCUGCGGAAUUCUCGCCGUGCGCAACAAGGAAUGGAUCCCACAACUUGUCAGCGACCGACUGUUCUUGGGCUCUGUCAUGGGAGGACUCGAAGGCUGGCUGGGCGUCCGCAGCGUCCGCACUCUUGAGUUGCGCGUCUUGAAGCAGAGUGAGAAUGCUAGGCGAAUAGUCGAUGCCCUUGACGGGGCACUCACCGGUCACACCGUGGGCACUGGCCUGUCCCAGUCAGACGCAGAAAUCAUUCGCUCCGUCUUGAAGAAGGUCUACCACGCCAGCCUGCAGACCCAAGACUACAAGUCCUGGCUGGGCAAGCAGAUGCCUAACGGUUUCGGCGCCGUCUUCUCCAUCACUCUCAAGACUCCCGAGUUAGCAAAGCGGCUGCCUAGCAAGCUGCAUCUCUUUCAUCAUGCCACUUCUCUCGGUGGGGUUGAAAGUUUGAUUGAGUGGCGGACCAUGACUGACGAUUCCGUGGAGAAGGACCUUUUGAGGGUCAGUAUUGGGAUAGAAGAUGACAGAGAUCUUCUAGAUGAUCUCAUCCAAGGCUUCAAGGCUUUGACCGCGGUUGACGCUUCCGUAUAAUCUUAAAUAUAAGCCUUUUAGGCGCGAUAUCAAC